UUGGAAAAGAAAAAACAAGAGGUCAUACAACAGUAUGCGUGUGCAAACAAGAGUCUGGCACCCGCAUAGCUCAGAACCUUAAAUGCGUGCGCGAUUAAGCAAGCAAACACGUGCACACAUGCAAAUUCCACUUCCUCUUAUGGUAGGAAGUGAGCUGUCGUGAGGAGGAGCGCUGUAUAGGAAGUGAGCUGUCGUGAGGAGGAGCGCUGUAUAAACACAAGAAGGAACUGCAGCCUCGUCGUUGUGUCUCGAGCGGAACGAGCACAGAGCUGUGCCAAGCCUGGUCCUGAACGCUCAGAGUGUGCUGAGCAGACCGGUCCUGCUUCUGAGCGGUUCUGACCAGUCCCGGACAAGAGGCAAAGAGAAGAAAAUUCACAGGGACAGGCAGGGAAAGAAGAGACAAGAGAAAACCAGGGAGACAAGCCCUCACAGACAGCUCUCUGCCAUGAUUCAAUAACUCUUCUUCUUUCCUGGCACACACACACACGCGCGCACACACACACACGCACGCACACACACACACGCGCGCACACACACACGCGCACACACACACGCACACCACCUGCAUACAAACUGGCUGUUUGUUUUCAAGCUCAACAAGCUCAGUCCCCAUACCUCCUCCCCAAACAUCUUCUGCCAUUUCUGUAAUAAAGAGGAAAGCACUGAGACAGGCGUAUGGACGGACACAGGGACGCAGAGAGGCUGACAGACAGGUGGACUUAGACAGUCAGUGUGUCCAUAUAAACAGGUGGGCUGAGAGAGAGAGGACAGACAGGAGGACGCAGAGAGAGUGAGGCAGACAGGCAGACACAGGGAGGCAGGCAAAGAGCAUCUCUGAGAUAGACAGAGACACAGGGUCCUGCCGACAGACCACUGGGCAGCAGAGAGGAUGCUGGGAUGUCAGGGCGGAGCCAGAGUUCGCAGCUGGCUGACGCUCGCCUCAGGGCUGGUGGAGUGUCUGUGCUUCGCAGGCGUCGUGUUCGGCUGGGCCUCGCUGGUGUUUGUCCUGAAGACAGAGGGCUACUUCAGCAGCUCCUGUGUCAGCACCAACAGAGCCAACGAAACCGGCACAGACUGCAGUGGACAGGACGAGCAGUUCUCCCUGGUCUUCACCAUCGCCUCCUUCAUGAACAACUUCCUCACCCUUCCCAACGGAUUCUUAUACGACCGCUUCGGCACCAUGGCAGCGAGGAUCCUGGCGAUAUCACUCUACACCACUGGCACUCUGAUGGUUGCUUUCUCCGGUGCAGUGAUAUCCAUGCUGCUCUUCCCGGCGCUGUCGUUCAUUACAGUGGGAGGCAUGUUAUUCCUCAUCACCAACAUACAGGUGGGGAACCUGUUCGGCUCUCGCCGCUCCACCAUCAUCACUCUCUAUAACGGAGCCUUCGACUCUUCCUCCGCCGUCUUCCUCAUCAUCAAGGUGCUGUAUGAGAGAGGGGUCUCUCUGCGCUCGUCUUUCCUCUUCAUGUCCGUCUGCAGCAUCAUCCACCUCCUCCGAACUUUCCUCCUCAUGCCCAAGACUCACAUCCCCUACCCACUGCCUGAGGGCUACACUUAUGGGAUGAGCUGUGGGAAAUCCAAGAGCCACAAUCUGGAGGGAGCCAGGAGGGAAGGUGAUGGAGGGAGAGAGAGCGUGCCGCUUCAGCCAGAAGAUAAACCGCAGAGUGCAGAGGGGCCAGCGCCCCCUGUAGCCAGUUUUAGGAGCUGCGUCCUGUCCUGGUUCUUUGCAUGGCACCUGCUGUGGCUCUCUGUGAUGCAGCUGAGACAUUACUUCUUUAUCGGCACCCUGAACCCCACGCUCAACCGCCUGACUGAGGGAGACCCCACCCUGGUGAGUAGCUACACCAAUGCCUUUGCCUUCACCCAGUUGUGUGGAGUUUUCUGUGCCCCCUGGAAUGGACUCAUUAUGGACCGUAAUAAAGGGAAGCCGCUGGCCCCAGGAGAGACAGAGAAGGAGGCAGACCUGCGUUCCUCCGCUCUCUCCCUCUUCCUCACUGCUCUCCAGUGCCUCCUCUUCAACAUCUGUGCUGCCAUUCCAGUCCUGCCUCUGCAGUACCUCACCUUCGUCCUGCAGGUCCUCAAUCGCUCCUUCCUGUACGGAGGCAACGCCGCCUUCAUCAGCAUCGCUUUCCCUGCCUGCCAUUUCGGGAAGCUGUACGGCCUGGUGAUGGCGCUGUCCGCAGUGGUGUCUCUGUUGCAGUACCCCUGCUUCACCCUGGUCAAGGGGCUUCUGAGGGGGAACCCCCUUUACGUGAACGUGGCUCUGACCCUGCUGAGUGUGCUGGCCUUUGCCCACCCGCUCUAUGUGUACCUGCACUGCCGACAGCUGGCCGCUGGGAGGAGUCCUGCUGGGGAGGACCGCGCCCACACCUCCGAGGAGGAGCCCAAACUGUAGCACCCUGGCAGCGUCACACGCGCACGCUCCAGCCAGUGCGUCCUGCAGACAGGAAACGGUCCAUCUGGUGCGCAUGGACGCGCCUCUGCGCAAUUUCCCCGGCUCUGCGCAGUUUCCCCGGCUGACUCGCGGCUGUCACUGUGAUUUUUUUGCUCACGACGUUUCUUCACCAGCUACAUUUAGCCACAAUGGCUACCACAGCUUACAGGAAUCAUUUUUAAAUGUGUUACCCAUCUACGUGGUGGGAUACCCAGGGUUUCAGCAACAGUGGCCCAGCUGGGAGUCGAGCUGGCAACCUUUUGGUUACAAGCCCUCCUCCUUAGAUUUGAAUAUUGCUGAGGAUUGUUUUGAAUUUGUUCUCAUUGUCAGAUUAGAUUAAAACAUCGAGCUGGAAAAGGGCAGUAGCAGUACCUGAUUGCCCUACGGCAACAUACUGAAUGUGUUUUUUAGAACUCUCUCUGAAAGGGAGCGUCUGCCAAAUGAA